AUGCAUUGUGUUGGAUUGGGAGUAUGCCGGCAGUUUGCUAAUUUAUUGUUUGAUACGAAGAAUCAUGCGGAAAAAUUUUACUUAGGUCACUUUAUCAAGGAGGUCGAUUCUCUUCUUUUGUCAAUUCACUCAACAUCUGAAUUUUCCCGACCACCACGCGUUAUGUCAGAUCGAGCUCAUUUCAAAGCUCACGAGUGGAUCAUUUUUUUAUUAGCCUACAGCUUGCCAGUUUUUCAAAAAUUUAUGAAAAAAGAAUAUUUUGAACAUUGGACUUUACUGGUAGAUGGAAUUUCGAUUUUGGUUAAACAAUCUAUUGCUAAAUCCGAAAUAAUUUAUGCUAGGCAAUGCUUAAUUAGUUUUAUAAAUGGAGUCGAAACGCUUUACGGAAAGAAACAUGUUUCUUAUAAUGUACAUCAGUUAGCGCAUUUACCAGAAAGUGUAGAAAAUUGGGGGCCUCUAUUUACUCACAGUGCAUUUAUAUAUGAAGACUUUUAUCAAACCAUACAAAAUUACGUUAAAAGUGCGAACGGCGUGAGCAUUCAAAUAUGUGAUGCUUUUCGUCUAAAAUGUGUAAUUGAUCGUCUCUUAAUUAUCUGUGAUAAAGAUCUAAAUUUUAAUCAACGGGAAUACUUAAAUAAUGUCUUAAAAUUAAACCUAAACUGA